AUGGCUCACUCCUCUCACCCCUCUGGCUGGAGGGAGAUGACAAAUGGAGGGGGGCACCCCCACUUCAACAAUGGAGGCCAGACCGGGGGUUCCCACAGCAGCAUGCGCUACAUGAUGAAGAAACAGCAUCGCCACCGACGCAGGUCUUCUUCACCUAUGGGCAGGGUCAUUCUCAUUAACGCACCUGUUGAUGGAGGGGAUGACAGUGAAGACAUUCACACAGUGACCGUAGAUAAGAGUCCAGAUGGGCUUCUGGGUUUCAGUGUCCGGGGAGGCUCUGAACAUGGACUUGGCAUAUUUGUCAGCAAGGUGGAUGAUGACAGCUCUGCAGCACAGGCUGGGCUGACGGUGGGUGAUAAGCUGGUGGAGGUGAAUGGGGUCAGCCUGGAGAGCAUUACCAUGAGCAGUGCUGUGAAGGUCCUGACAGGCAACAACAGGCUGAGGAUGGUGGUGAGACGGGUCGGCAAGAUCCCCGGCAUCCGCUACUCCAAGGAGAAGACCACAUGGGUGGAUCUGAUUCACCGGCGGAUGGUGGUGGAGGAGAGUGGUCGUACACCAUCAGAGGCCAGCUCAGACAGCGCUCUCCGCAGGAUUGUACAUCUCUUCACUACAUCAGAUGAUUACUGUCUGGGAUUCAACAUCAGAGGAGGCAAAGAGUUCGGACUGGGGAUAUAUGUUUCUAAGUUGGACCCAGGUGGGCUCGCAGAACAGCAUGGCAUCAAAAUGGGUGAUCAGAUCCUUGCAGCCAAUGGGGUGAGCUUUGAUGACAUCACCCACAGCAACGCAGUCGAGGUCCUGAAGAGCCACACCCACGUGAUGUUAACUAUCAGGGAAGCUGGGAGAUACCCUGCAUACAAAGAGAUGGUGGCAGAAUAUGGCUGGUUGGACAAAUUGGCCAAUGGGGGCCCUGCACCAUCCUCCCAGGGUUCAGACUCCAACUCCUCUGCCUCCUCGCUUUCCUCCAACACCCCCCUGAGCUCCCUCAGUGGUCUCUCCCAAGUCCUUUUCCCUCCUGUCUUUGGCUCAGAGAUGGUAGACGUUGCCAUCUCCACUGAGGACCGCUCCCGACGUCCAAGCAGCACAGACCGAACUGCUGACACUGCCAUACAGACUGACCCCCACCCUCCAGACUACGUGGACCACCAUUCUACCCAUAAUGGUUCGUACCCCGACAGGCUGGUCGCCACAGAAACCAGCCGCACUGUAGGUGCCACAGUUCUGCUGAAGGACACAGUCAUUCGUGGGAAAGGGGAAGGACCGAGGGAGAUGGGAGGAGCUGGGGAAGGAGGGCGGGGAAGGACGAGGACACUGUCAACUGGGGACCAGGAUGUCAUGAAACACUCACCCAAGACGGCAGCGCUGAUGGCCCUGAGCAGACCACGGAAACCCAUUAGACGUUCCCAGAGUCACAUCACUGUGUCAGAGGACAGACAGAAGAAGAAGAGGCAGCAGAAGGAGAAAAGCUCACCAGAGGGUAAAAAAAGCCUGCAGCGCUCCAAAACCUUUGUCAACCUAUUAUUUAAGAAAGACCGUAAAGAGAAGAGCUCCUCCAAGUCACAAUCCCACCAUGCUGAUAAAGACAAGGAGCGGGGUCGUCCUUUCCAGCUCUUGACCUCACCGAGGGAAUCCCGUGCUGGGGUUAAAGACAGCAGCCCGCUGCCCCGACCCGAGACCAUGCAGCAUGUGGAGGACGUGGCAAAGAAACUGCUCAGCCAAGAUGAGGUGGCUGCUGUGAUGAGACACUGUCAGCGGUUUUUGUCCGACAAUGUGAUUGAGGAUUUAGUACGUCCCCUUUUGGCAAUCUUGGACAGGCCAGAAAAACUGCUACUUCUCAGAGAAAUAAGAAUGCUGAUACCUACGACUGAGCUGGGUCGAUUUGACAGCAUGGUCAUGCCCUUUGAGCUGGAGGCAUACGAUAUUCUCAAGAGUCGCUCCAUACGUUCUCCAGCUCUGCGUUCCCCUCGCAGUGGAACCCCUCGACGUCACCUCAUCACCCCAAUCCCAGACUACAGGGGUGGGUUCCACCUCCAGCCGGUCCAGGACACGCUGCGGGAGCGUCAGUUGAUUGAGGAGUUGGACAGACUUCGUUUGUCUGGGCAACAAUCGGGCCAUCUGCCUCCAUCCCGUGCCUUCACCCCUUUGCUGGACGUACCUGUAGACAACUACGCCUCCUCCACUGUACGCUCACGCUCCCUGAGCCCCUCACCCACCCACAGCGUCCUCCUCACCGAAUCUCUGCACAGCACCCAACGCGGGCGUCAACCCCAUCGCUCUCCAAACAGAAGAGAGAAUGGGGCGUCGCGGUAUGACGAAGUCUCCUUAUUAUCCUUGUCUGACCGAGGAGAUGUGGCUUAUGAACGGGGAAGGUCACCAAUAAGGAACGGCCAUGGGAGAGCGAGGAGGGAGGCGAGUCCUGACAGCGUAGAUGGCAGACGGCGCAGUCAGGAGGGCUACACGGAGGUCAGCGUACGUGUUCCUUCACAGCGGAGAGGGAGAACUCCUCUGGCUGAUGUGUUUGAGGCAUCAAGAGACAAGAGCCCAGCCACAGGCGGAGGGAGCAGUCAGCAGGUAAACAGACAUUCACAAAAUGGUCACGACAUGAAAAGAAGAGCAACUCUGCCACCUGAGGAGUAUGAAGUCAGCACUCUGACAAUCUCCAAGGCCAAGCAGUCACUGGGUAUUAGCAUCUCUGGAGGUAUGGAGUCAAAGGUCCAGCCCAUGAUAAAGAUUGAGAAAAUCUUUCCAGGAGGAGCUGCAUCUACAAAUGAGGCCCUGAAGGCUGGGUAUGAGCUGUUGUCCGUGGACGGUGAGAGUCUGCAGGGAGUGACCCAUCAGCACGCAGUGGACAUCAUUCGCCGCUCUUUCAGCAACAAGGCCAAAGAUCCGAUGGUUUUUGUGGUCAAGGUCCCUACCGCACCCACCAGCCCCAGGAGACCUGCUGACUAA